AUCCAUGUGUUUACAUUCUCACAUGAUUAUACAUCCAUGUGUUUACAUUCUCACAUUAUUAUACAUCCAUGUGUUUACAUUCUCACAUUAUUAUACAUUCAUGUGUUUACUACAUCAAUGAUUAUUCAUUCAUGUAUUCACAUCCUCACAAGAUUAUACAUCCAUGUGUUAACAUUCUCACAUUAUUAUACAUCCAUGUGUUUACAUUCUCACAUUAUUAUACAUUCAUGUGUUUACUACAUCAAUGAUUAUUCAUUCAUGUAUUCACAUCCUCACAAGAUUAUACAUCCAUGUGUUUACAUUCACACAUGA